ACUCAAACCCGUAGGUUUUUAUCCACGUGCCGCCGCACCGGCCAACCCCGCGCCCCUCGACCGUCUCCGUCGCCGCGCCACCCGCACCGGGACCCAGUAUGGCCGCCUCCGGCGCAUAUCCGGGCACGGCGUUCAAGAUACUCCUCUCCUGCCCCGACGGCCUCCCUCGCUCCCGCGUUUCGGUGAAGUUUGGUCGGUCAUUCGACAGGAUUCCCCAUCCUGAUGCAGCCUUGGAGGAAUCUAUAAGUGAGGUGUGGGACCAAAGCCUUCAGCGGAACCCAUAUCUAUACAGCGGUACAAAGUUUCGGUAUGGAGGAAAUGCCUUGCACUACAAAGAUGACUCAGAUCAUGAUCUUGAGUACUGUGUCUCACUUCAUUUGGGUCUCACAGACUACAGGACAUUUGUGGGAACAAAUCUCAAUCCAUUGUGGGAAUUUUUUUUGGUUCCAUCUGAAGAUGAUUCUGUACAUUGCCAACACUUGUCAGAUGCACUGGGAAAUGGUGCUAUAGUUGAAACAUCUGACAAAAAGAUUAUUGUAUUGCAAAGGAGCUACAAUGUGGCGGACUAUCCAGGAUACUAUGUUUUCCCUGGAGGACACUCGGAGCCGCAAGAAAUUGGAAUCAUGGGUCAUCAAACUGAUGAAGAAGACUUUGCUAGUCUCACUGAACGAGUUUCACAAGAAAUGUUUGACGGAGUCAUCCGUGAAGUGGUUGAGGAAACUGGAGUUCCUGCUAGCUCCCUAACUGAUCCUGUCUUCAUUGGAGUUUCCCGCCGAGAAGUUAACGUUAGGCCGACUGCGUUCUUUUUUACAAAAUGUAACAUUGAUUCCAGUGGCGUAAGCGAGCUUUAUUCUAGAGCUCAAGAUGGCUAUGAAUCUACUAAACUCUACACAGUAUCCGUUGAAGAGCUACAAGGAAUGAGGCAGCGGAUGCCUGGAUGCCACAACGGUGGUAUUGCUCUGUAUGAGUUGAUGAGGAAUGCUGCAAAAAAAAGUGAAGAUGUCAUUGAUGAAUAGUUCUGAUGGUGUUAUUACACCACAAACAAGUGUGGAGGUAUUCGCAUCUCGUACAAACACCCGUGCAGAACACUGCAUGUGACAUCCAUCAGAUUGCUGUUCUUUGCAGUAGAUAUGUGCCAUUUCCAUGUUUGUUGAGCCUGACAUAGGUCUCCUUAGACCGCUGCAUAAGUGCCCACAAAGAGCAUGAAGCUUAAAGUUUCCUCUGAAUACUACCGGAAUAAAUUUCAUCUCCGGAUGUACCACCAAAGGAGGCACACCAGAGCGGCAUCAUGAUGCUAAUCUACAUGGUGAGAUGACCCGUGGAUUGUAAUGUUCUUUCAGGAUUGAAUUUCCUGGGCAAGUGAUGCCUGAAUCUGUCAGCUGUUCUUCUGUUGGUUUCUGCUGUAGCGGUGUACUAGGAGUAUGUAGGAACCGAAGGUGAAGCUUACAUUACUUUGCUCUGAGAACGUUUAUAUACUUGUUACCUUUGGUAUGGAUAUACUAGUUCGUGC